CGCCGCUCGGGCCGUAUAAAAGCUUCGCCUUCGGAUGCUCCCACCACUUCAUUUGGCUCCUGCCUCCCUCACCUGCACGGCUGAACUGCUGUGCCUGUCGGUGCCCCCCCCGGGAAGGAUGUCCUACUACGAGCAGUGCAAGCAGCCCUGCCUGCCCCCCCCCAUCUGCCUGCAGAAGGGGGUCAAGCGGGUGGUGGAGCCGUGCCAGGCCGUGUGCCCCGAGCCGUGCCCGGCGCAGUGCGUGGAGGUUUGCCAGGCCCCCUGUGCCACCCAGUGCAGCUCCUCCUGCAGCACCCAGUGCGUGGAUGUCUGUGCCCAGCCCUGUGCCCCGCAGUGCGUGGACGUCUGUGCCCCUCAGUGCGUGGACGUCUGUGCCCCGCAGUGCGUGGACGUCUGUGCCCAGUCCUGCGCCCCGCAGUGCCCGGCCCAGUGCCCCGAGCCCUGUGCCACCAAGUGCCCCGAGCCCUGCCAGGGCCCCUGCGUGGAGGUUUGCCCCACCAAGUGCGUGGAGUCCUGCGACACCGUGUGCCUGGAGCCCGUCUGCUCCCGGCCCUGCUGA